CUGGCCGAGAAGUGGAACAGAGGGAGAAAAGAUAAAUGAAGUGGGGGGAUGAUGAACGACUCAGCUGUUUCCUUUCUGUUAGCAGGUUUCUGCUCCCGAUGACAAAGCCAUAAAGGAGUCUGCUUAUGCUCCUGUCUUUUCUCCUUUUUCCCCCCCUUUCUUUUUUCUUCUACUCAGUAAUGACCUCCUGUUAUUUCAGAUCUGAUCUUCGAGUAACGUUUGUUUUGAUGACUUCUUAACAUCACACGUACCUCUCUCCUUCCUUUCCCUUUCUUUCUGUCUGUUUGUUUCUCUCUUGCAGAAACCAAAUGGGGAAUCUGUUAAAAGUGCUCACUUGCACAGAGCUUGAACAGGCGCCAAACUUUUUCCUUGACUUUGAAAAUGCACAGCCGACAGAAGGAGAGCGAGACGUGUGGAACCAGGUGAACUCCGUCCUGCAGGACUCUGAGAACAUCCUGUUGGGCCUGCAGGCGUACAAAGGCGCCGGCCAAGAGAUCAGAGAUGCAAUUCAAAAUCCCAGUGACCACAUGCUGCAGGAGCGAGCCUGGAACUCCGUCUGCCCGCUGGUCAUCAAACUCAAGAAGUUCUACAGCUUCUCUCUCAGACUUGAGGAGGCUCUGCAGAGUUUGUUGGAGUGCCUGACGUGUCCGCCCUUCACGCCUACACAGCACCUGGAGAGGGAGCAGGCGCUGGCCAAACAGUUCGCAGAGAUCCUGCACUUCACUCUGCGCUUCGAUGAACUCAAGAUGAGAAUUCCUGCCAUCCAGAACGACUUCAGCUACUACAGAAGAACGAUCAGUCGAAACCGAAUAAACAACAUGAAUUUGGACAUUGAGAAUGAAGUAAACAACGAGAUGGCCAACAGGAUGUCUCUGUUCUACGCCGAGGCCACGCCCAUGCUGAAAACACUCAGCAACGCAACCACAAACUUUGUGACAGAGAAUAAAACUCUUCCUCUGGAGAACACGACAGACUGUCUCAGCACCAUGGCCAGUGUCUGCAAAGUCAUGCUGGAGACACCAGAAUAUUCGAGUCGUUUCAGCAGCGAGGACACGCUCCUAUUUUGCAUGAGGGUCAUGGUCGGGGUCAUCAUUCUGUACGACCACGUCCAUCCCAACGGCGCCUUCAACAAGUCGUCUAAGAUCGAUGUAAGAGAGAGACACACACACACACACACGCGUCAGAUUAAAGUGUUUGUGAUGCGGACUCUCAGCGUCUUCAUUCUGUCUCUGUUUGGUUUCCAGAUGAAAGGCUGCAUCAAAGUCCUGAAGGAGCAGCCCGCAGACAACGUAGAAGGUCUCCUCAACGCCCUCAAAUUCACCACAAAACACCUGAAUGACGAGUCCACUCCGAAGAACAUCCGGACGAUGCUCCAGUAAUGUUUGCUCUUUUAUAAACUAUAAUAGAUAUGAAGAGGAUCAAUGCUCUGACCUCAGAUAAGAUGUAUAUGUUUACAUUAUUUAAAGAAACAGACUCGAUGUUCAUACUUGUGUGUAUUUGCAUAGUCAUUCCCUGCAGAACUUGUACCUAGCAACAAAAAGAAUCCCCCUCCUGAAAGCAUCACGUGACUCGUCUUUACUUGUAACUGUCAAAGCACAAAAUAUCAAUAACCAUCAGCCUUAUGUGCCACAACACUUGGAAAGAAGUGAACAAGGCAGCAGAAGCUAAACAAAGUCCUUAGACAAAUCCUUUUUUAUAGCGUCGUGUACAGAUUUAAGUCUGACUGAAUUUUGUGUUUUUGAAGCAAAAUCUUUUUUCUUUUUCUCCCUGAAAUAGUGAAGUUAAAUUCUGACAGUAAGUGAAGUUCUAUCUUUAUGAUUGAAAAAGGCCGAAUAUGAAACUAAUCAGUGAAUGUUUCUGUGAAGGGCUAAAUAUUGAAGAUAAUAAGGGAUUGAUUGGUUUGAUGAAAUGGUCAAAGGAGCGUUUUUCUUUGUUUCUCUCGCUUUGUGCAGCUGAUUAAAUAUAAAUCCACAAUUAAAUCCACACUUUCAUAUUGAGUCAAAUCCAGGACGUCACAGUUUGCUUUUGUCGGACUGAAUAGAAAUACUAAGAUAAUGAAUCACAGAAACAAAUCAACCAAAUGUGUCAUUGUUUAGUGGCAGUGCUCUGAAUGAUAACUGUGUGUUUUGGUGCGCUUUAAGUGGCUUUUUUUAUAUAAAACAGGAUCUCUGUUAAUCUCUGUCCACCUGGGGGACUAAUGUGAAAUGUUGCCGAGUUAUAUUUAAAUUGAGUUACACAACAGUUUCAUUUUUGAUUCAUCUGUUGAUUUUUCUCAAUUAAAUCAUCUACAUUAUCCAUUAAAAUUGUGAAAAAUGACAAUACACUUAAAUGUUCUUUGUCUGCAAACCAAAGAUGUUCAGUUUACUGUCGUAGAGACGCAAAGAAAAUACAAAAUAAUCACUAUGAAGAAGCUGAAAUCAGACAAAAUUGAUCAUGAACUAUAAUUAAUGUAGAUUACUAAGCAGUAAAUGUUGCACCGCUACCCACUUCUAAUAAACUCAUUGUCUUUUAUUCAAACUAAUUACAUCAUAACCUAUAACCAUCUCAGAAUUUGCCUUAAAAAUGGACUGUGUGUAAGAAACUUUGUCAUUUGUGCUAUAGACUCAUUUUAAAGCCCGUUUCCUCACGUCCUCGUGUUACUGCUAUGACACCACAGACUCUUGUGAUUCCUGCUGCUCUAACACCUGCUCAAACUAACCUCCUUCACACGGUCAGACAAUCGCUUCUGAUGGUUUUACUGUCACUGUAAAUCUCAUUGAAGGUUAGUGGAUAAUAACGAGUUUGUAUUAAAGGAUGCAUCUAAGGCAAAUCAACAGGUUCUCAUUUUGUUUCUCAGCCAGGAAGCCUCAUGAGAUUAAAACAAUAUGUUAUGGUAAUCCCCUCAUCUGUUUGAAAAGGAAGUAAUCUAUAAACGGUUUCAGAUUAGAGAAUGAAAAUCAGACCAUUCUUUGUCCUCUAAGACCAACAAUUAGUCUUUUGAUCCAUAAAAUGUUGGGUUUCCAAACCUCAGAAUUAUGAUUUUCUCAAACAUAAUUUGUCCAAAAACCAACAUAAAUCUGUUUUAAUGAUUUCUUUGUUAUAUGGAGCAAGGAAAGCAGAGCAGAUUUACAAAACAUUAUCAAAUUAACGGAUUAAUUUUCAGCCCUACAUUGAUCUAAAUACAGUAUAUCAUGAUUAUUAACAUCAACGAAUGCAGACAAAUGCUGGUAACACACGAGAAUUGAUUUUCAUUACAUAUUUUCUGGGUAUUUAAGUUAUUUAUUGCCCAAGAAAGACAUUGUUGGAUUUUAGAUGUUUUCUAAAGAUUCGUUUCAAGAUUCAUUUUAAUUAAUAACUGAUAAAAUGUAAGUAUUUCUUUGGGGUAAAACAGUAAUACCUUACAUAGGUGUAUAUUACUGUGUAAUUCAAUUAGGACAUUUUCUGUAGUUUUAGUCAAUAAAUGCAUUCAUCAUAGAAUCUUGACACCCAUUUUAGAGCCAUUCAACUAGAUCAGUUCUUAUUUUGGUAAAAUUGUUUCCUGAGCAUCCUUUUUUUUAUUUAUUUAACUAUCUAAAGCUAUGACCGUAAUAACUUGCAUCACUCCUGUAAAUCAGUAGCAUUUAACCUGUGAAGACAUUUUGUUUUUCUCCAUUAAUAAACCCCUCACUGACCUGACAUUAACACAUCAAUAUAUCAACAUUAAAUUAACAUGUCGGGCAUCUGUCGUUCAUUUAAGACUUGUUCAUUUUGGAUCCUCUUGUAUUUAGUAAUAUAUACGCCAGCAUGUGUGUGUCUGUGAGUGUGUGUGAUUGUAAGCCAUACAUUUGAUGCUAUGUUUCUCACGUAAAGAGUGUGAAUGAGACUUAAAGUGAAGUGUACGUAUGAUACUGAUAUUUCUUUUGACUGAAGUGAUUUUCUGAAAGAAACGUCACGUCGUCUGUCAUGAUUGAUGUACACGAAGCUCCUCUCAUGAUCUGCUACUGUGUGUUGAAUACUGAGAGAAAAAAUGAUGUUGAUUUUGUUUGUGUUGGGUCUUAAACUGACAGCUAUGUUUAAUAUUGUUGGAGUUCAAACUCGUCGUUUUUAUAUAGAUUGCUUUGGCUUUUGUACUGCAUUCUGAAUGGGACAAAGUGGAUUGGAUGAUAAUAAAGGUGGUACAUUUCUUACA